UCAUUCACGGAAUAAAAAAGGGGCUUUUCAUUCUUCUUCUUCCCCCCCUUAUCUCUCUGCAGCUUCGAAAAUGAAGUCGAACAUAAACCCCAAUUUGCGAGUGUUCUUCCUUAUCGUCAUCAGCAUUUUAUCGCCAUCAGUUGUGGCAAUCGGCUGUGACAUGUUCCAGGGAAAUUGGAUAGUGGAUGAAUCAUACCCGCUGUACAACGUAUCCACGUGCCCAUUCCUCGAAAAGGAAUUCAAUUGUGUUAACAAUGGCCGUCCUGACUUGAUGUAUCUCAAAUUUCGAUGGCAGCCGCACGGCUGCAGCUUAUCCAGAUUUGAUGGCCCGAACUUUUUGGAAAAAUUAAGAGGGAAAACCAUUAUGUUCGUAGGAGAUUCACUUAGUCGAAACCAGUGGUUGUCAAUGCUAUGUAUGAUCCACUCGUCUAUACCAAGUGCAACUUAUGCGGUCAAUAUCUCUAUUAUUCAAGACACAACGACAUACACCUUCUCGGAUUAUGGGUUGAAAGUGGCAUACCAUCACAAUUUGUACCUAGUAGAUAUAGUGAAGCAAAGGAUUGGGAGAGUGUUGAAGUUAGAUUCUUUGACGGCUGGGAAGCUAUGGUUAGACGCUGAUUACCUUGUGUUUAACACGUGGCAUUGGUGGAAUCGAAGAGGAGCCAGUCAACCAUUUGACUAUAUACAAGACGGGAGUCAUAUCUACAAGGACAUGGAUCGUGUAGUUGCUUUUGGAAAGGCCGUUGUUACAUGGGGUCGAUGGGUUGAUGCUAAUCUUUCUGUUAACAAAACAAAAGUGUUUUUUCAAGGGAUAUCACCCUCUCAUUACAAUGGCAGCGAUUGGGGAGAACCAAAGGCAAGAUCUUGUUCCGGUCAGAAAAUUCCUCUUCUAAGCACCACCUAUCCCGGAGCUUCACCACCUGCAUUGGCGGUCCUGAAGAACUCACUCCAAACUAUCAAGAGACCGGUCACUUUGCUUGACAUAACUAACCUUUCUUUGCUCCGGGUAGACGGCCACCCGUCGGCUUACGGCCUAGCAGCAGUGGAUUGCAGCCACUGGUGUCUCGCCGGAGUUCCAGAUACAUGGAAUGUUUUGCUAUACAACCUUAUGUUCCAGGAAAAUGACAAUUUAUAAUUCAAUUAUUGGAUUUAUAUAGAAAAUAAAAGUGAUAUACCAUAAAUACAAGAAGUGAGAAAUUUAUAAAUUGAGGUCUUGUUUCAUUUAAAAUGGCGAAUGUUACAUUCUUUAUUAGUUCUUCAAAUGAAAUACAUACUUGAUACUUUUUA